UCCGUCGUCUAUACAUUGAGCCCGAAAGCACCGUGAGUUGAGUUUGAGAAGAAAACACUACAAGUCAAGGAGAUUAUGGCGGCCAAUUUUAAGGUGUUGACGGAAGAUGCCCAAUUCCAGACGGAGUUGAAUCAGGCGGGGGCCAAGCUUGUGGUGGCUGAUUUCACGUCGGCCAGAUGUGGUCCAUGCCAGCGUAUAGCACCUGUCUUUGCAGACAUGGCAGGGAGAUUCCCCAAUGCCGUGUUCCUCAAGAUAGACGUCAACCAGUGCUCUGGGGCUGCUGCAUCCCAGGGUGUGUCAGCAACACCAACAUUCAUCUUUUACAGGAAUAAGACGAAGUUGGACAGCUUACAGGGCGCAGAUCCAGAGACGCUGAAAGCCAGAGUGAGCCAACACUAUGGGGACGGAGACAGCGAGGAAAUGGAGGACUCAGGUGUUCCUGGUCAUAUUGACCUCCUCCCCAUGGUGAACAAAUCAGGUUGCGAGUGUCUCAACGAGAGCGAUGACCACCCCUUCACGCAGGCACUCAACUCAGCUGGAGGUUACCUGGAGUCAGACACAGAUGAACAGCUCAUCCUCUACCUUUCCUUUAACCAAGGGGUAAAAGUACACAGUAUGAGAAUCAAGGCCCCAGCUGACUGUGGUCCAAAGACGAUAAAGGUUUUCAUCAAUCAGCCGCAUACCAUUGACUUUGACACAGCGGAGAGUGCCAAUCCCAUCCAGGAGAUAACGUUAUCUCCCAAGGACUUAGAAGGUGAAUUAAUUACUCUUAAAUAUGUAAAGCUGCAGAAUGUGAUGAAUUUUACCAUCUUCAUUAAAGACAACCAGACAGAAGCAGAAACAACCCAGAUAUCAUAUCUGCAGAUUAUUGGUUCUCCUGUCCAGACAACCAAGAUGGCUGAUUUCAAGCGUGUAGCCGGCAAAAAGGGAGAAAGCCACUGAGAUCUUCCAGUCCAUUUUAGCAAAAAGAAAUUUCAGGUCUCCCUAUUGAAUUUGUUUAGAGUAAGAUAUGAAACUGUUUGGCCAACUACAUGAAUUCUUAUUGGAUAAAAUUUUAAAAUCAGAUCUAGAUAGUGGAAUGGUAAAAUUAUAAUCCUAUUUUUAAAAUUUUGCUGCCAAUUUGUUUUUGUGUUAAAGAAAUAAAACCAUAAACAUAAAAAUAAACAUUGAUUUCUGUAUCAUGUACUUGGUUGGGAUGGCGGAGAGUUCUUGGGGUGUAUAACACAAGGAAAGGGUUAGUGCCUAUUAAAUUUUUAAGAAUCAAAGAGGAAUUGUACUCUAAUGUGUCUGUGUGACUACAGAAGUCACUAGUUGACAAGGUUGUCUACUGUAUCCUUUACAAGGCUUAUUCACGCUGAACAGGUGCUUGAAUGAUAUCUGUCUGUGUUUGAUGCACCAGAAACUAAGAAAAAAUGGAGUAUGGAUCCUAGGUUUUCAAGUUUGUUACCCCUUUGUUCAGCUCCAACUUCUGUUGUAAGUCACAAGACAACUCAUUGCUCAUUUUGAUUUAAGUGCUUGAUGGUGGUGUUUUAGUGGUUGAGGCAAGGGAGGAAAUGUGUGAUAACAUUCAAAGACCAGAAAAAGGGUAGUAAUUAAGGAAGAAAUAUGCAUAUCACAAGCCACAUGUGAUUGAGGAAUCAAAUAUUUCUCGUGAUACAUCUUACACCUUAAAGUUAAUUUAGGAAAAGCAUUGAUAUUAUUUGAUUGUAAGAAAAGUUCCCACUAAAUAGAAUGACACACUUGAUUUUACAUGUUGUAGUUGUGCAAAUUUCCCUCCCUCCCUCCUCACUGUUGUGUCAUAGUUUGUUCAACAAAGUUAGGUCUUAAGAUUAACAGCAUAGAAUUUGUUUUUUCUUUUUUUCUUUUUUUUAUGAUGGGUUUAUAUUUAUAUGAAUAAAAUUAAGUCAAGAUUACCAGCACCUUAGAAAUAUAUAUAUUUUUUUCAUUUUGUGGAAAAAAUGGGUUUAUAAAAUAUAUUUUGAAGCAUCCAUAAUACACACAGAAAGACACAAAUACUAGAAGGGAUUACAACUCCAAAAGCUGUAGAAUAGUGGUAAUUGAUGCAUGGGAAGUUAUCGGAAUUCUAAAGUCCACAUUUGAUUUAUGAGGAGGGUAGGAGAGAGACUGUUCCCACCAGUCAGUCAUCGUCCAAGACUGUUAAGCCUAAACAUUUAUUUUUAUUUUGCUACAGAUCACUAGAGUGGUAAAAGUGUAUCCGUUCUUUUUCAUCUACACAUUUUAAAGUGGUGGUUGAUGCUCAACAUUUUGCAAAUGAAGACUUGAUAUACACACUAUGCAUCAACAGAAUAUCAAGAAACUAACUUAAACACUAGUCCAAGAGUAUGUCAAAAGAUAAAUGGAAGACAACUGUACAAUUCCUGCAAUCAAGAGAAUAAAUGUCUUAGCUUUGAAUAUUUUUUCGUGUUUUGCCUUAACCUUUUAAAAAUGUUAAUGUUACUUUUUAUAAUCCCUUUUUAUAUCCCAUUAGUAGUGUACUGAGAGAGGGCUUUUUAUGUAUAUUCUGUGAUAUUGCUAUUGUUAUGGUAUACUUAAAAGAUAAGUUACUGUAUGCUCAACCUGUGGAGGUAUAAAAGAAAAACCUGCAAUAAUUAAACUAUAUUGCCCAAAAAUUCUCUGAAUUUCCAUAUUAUAUUUUGUUAAAACUCUGAACAGAAGUGGGCUUGUUUUCUUUCAACAUUUUAUUACUGUUCAUGCACAUUCAGGAAGUACUUCUUAACAUCUUUGCAAAUACGACAAUCAAGAAGGAUAAAUAAAUCAACAUUCAUACCUCAAACUUUAUUUGGCAGCAUAAAACUAAGACACAAAAGCCUACCAAGAGAAAUGGAACUUAUAUACUUAUUAUUUUAUUUGUCUAACUAAUGGUGGUGUUCUAAGAGCAAAACUGAAAGUCUUUAUUUGGCACUGUAAAGGGGAAAUAUUCUGGGUAAUAUUAAAAUAGCUUUAGAUACAGAGUACAGAAUAUGAAACGAAAAUAAGAGUAAUAAUAUAUAUUUAUAUAUAUAUAAUUAUAUAUAUAUAUGUACAAUAUUCUAAAACUGGACAAUAACAAACCAAAGAAACAAAAAAUGCGUGAUGCUACGAUACAGGACAUUAUCAGAAAAGAUUUAUAGCUCUUGAGGCUAAAGGUACAAGGCCUUAGUGACUAAUCUGACCUUGCUUGACCCCAGCUCAGAUCAGGUCAAAAACUUCUGAAGUGUACAGCACUAGCUUAAACAAGAUUGGGGUUUUGCAAGCACUUUGCCUCUUGGAUGUUUUAGAAUAGAAGUACUCUAGAGAAAUGAAAAACAAUGAGAAAAAAGUUUAAUAUUUAUAUAUAUAUAUAUAAACUAGCAGGGUUCAUUACUAUUUGUUUUUUAUUUUUUGUUUUCUUCUAGCUCUAUCUUGCCUGAUACUAAUAAUCCCCCCUCCCACCUCCCUACCCCCUAUGCCUUCCUUUCCUACUUUGUCAAGCUAACAGUGACAUGGGUAAUAAAUUUUGCUUUUUGAUAUUGUGUUAGUCUUUUUUUCAAUUUUUUUCCCCCAAUCCUUCCCAAUUUGACUGCCAAUCAAAGACAAAACACUAAAGAUUUUUUUCCUACUUGUUGAUCCCAUGAAGACACAUGACACAUGAAGAAACCAUGCAUAGGUUUAUACCAUGCAAAAUUAUUACAAAAAACAAACUUAUUUCCAUUCAUAAAUUAGUAAACACUUACUAAUAUCGUCACACCAAUCAGUACUUGAUGUCAAAUAAGAGCAUUUACAUAUACCAUCACACCACAAGUUAAUAUACAUUCAAAACUAUGAUUGUUAAUUCUUCAAUUAUUGUAAAGAUGCAAUAAAAAGUCGAAAUUUUUGAGUAACAAUGAUCAUUUUACUUCAGCCUGAAUGUUUAAAUUUCACUUUCUUUGUACUUCUGUACAAAAUAUGAUUAUAAAAAAAUAUUCAUGUUUUCCUGAUGAACAACUGGCCAAAAUAAAUGACAUACUCUUAAUAUAUCUGAUUAUUUAACAGGAAAAAAAAUACAACUUUAGCAAAUUCCACUUCAGUUGUUUUAAGUGAAUAAUAACUGUAAUAAAAGAAAAAUAACCCAAGUCAGAGCAGUAGUAAUGACUCAAUGAGGUCCAACAAUCUGAAAGAUUUGCUUCCUAUCCUCCUAAGCACAUCAAGUGUACCUUUAAGAACCCCCCAAGUUCCAUAAAUAAGAAAUUUAAGAUAUUUAAGGUAUAACAGAUUUUAAUUUCCAAUAAGACCUGGAGAUACAUAAUUUGAUAAACAAGAAAAAAAAGGUCUUAGAAGUUUUGCCUAGAGCUCUCACAUGCACGCACUCAUGGGGGGAAAAAAGCAGUUGUUGCCAUAUAAACUUUGUGCAUACACUGGCUGCAGGAGUCUCCCGUGACUCACCAGGAGCCAGCAGGAGGGUUGUUUUAAGGGAAUUACGCUGAUGGGAGGCAGAGUGGGAGAUGCCAAGACACAGGGUAUUGCCCCUUCGCCCAAUUUCCGUCAGACUUCUUGAACAGACAAUCUCGGUUAUCACUGGGGUACAAAUGGUUAAUCUUGGUUAUUACAAUUUACCCUAAUUAUGUUGCAAAUUUAUUAAAAUCUAAAUACAAUCUUUUAUCCUUACUGUUCAUCCCACUAUGAAGAAACAAUGCAAAAAAGAGGGAAGGCCACAAUCUUUUUCCUACUGAAGGCAAACACUCAGUCCCCUUGGCAUCUCCCUUUCACACCCUUCGGACAAGGACAAAAGCAGCCACUACUCUAUACGUCCACCUUCCCAGCAGGGGGACGCAAGGAGGAGGAUACACACCAGCAAGGGUUAUGGGUCUUCUCUAAGAUGCUACCUCAAGGCGAUUCAAAAAGCCGCAGCAAAGAGGUUAAGGGUCAAACACUUUCUUUUUUAAUUAUUAAUUCUCUUUUCUCCUACUCCUUCUAUUUCCUCUCUGAUGACAGUUAACAUCAAUGCACCUACAAGAUAAGGUCGUUAACAAUUAAAUACCAUACAUAGGCUUCCUUAUACUUCCUCUGUAUUCACCUUAAACAAACCUUUUUACACAUAUUCCCAACCUUCUGUAAUGUAUACAGUGAAUUUUCCUUAACUUUCUUUCACUUUUCUUUUAAAAAGAUAGAUUUUCAUAUCAUUCUAUGCUUCCACUGGGCAAAUUCUUACCUUUCUAAAAGCCUAUCAAACAAAACAGUUUCAUAAUUUCUGAAAAAAAAUCUGUCAAACAGAAAAAGGAAAAAAAAAAAAAGGCUUAUCUAACCACAGCAGGCCAAUAACAAUUACCCCAAA